CGAGCAGCCAAUUGUGAGGGCAGAAAAACGCCUAUCAAGACCAUGGGAAUCCGGCACGCAAAAACCUGGGGUCUAGAAACCGCCAUUUUCAUGGCCGUAUCUCUGCGUCUAGGUGAAGAAGACACGCGCCUCGCAAUGACUGUUGGCUUAUUUUGGGAAUCGUGAUAUCUUCACUGCAACGGCAGAGCUCAGCAGAGCUAAAGUCGUUUCCAUCAGUCAUUUUCUCGUCUCCAAAGCAGAUCAGACUUCUCCGGAGACACCAGAUGACAAUGUGCCCCAUGUCUGAUAUCGAGAUUCCCGUGUGUCUUCUGGUGAGAAUGACAGAGGAAAUCACAAUCGACCAAUCAGCACCGCUGCCGCAAUCAACGAUGCUAGCGCCAAGCGAAGGUGGACCCGCUGUUAUCUCCAUGAGGGAUCGUCCAUGUCGAGUGCCCACUGGCAAUGUUAAGGUGGUGACACUGCACGAUUGGCCAGCCUGGAGUCGGCUCUCUUAUCUCCAGCUCCUUGAUUUGCAACCGCCUUCACCAAAUGCAAUAUCCCAAUUAGGACCGUUCCUGGUCCACACCACAAGCUCCCGUCACAAGUCGAGACCCCAUCAUGGACGCCAGCGGGAGCUAUUCGGCAAGUCUUUCUGUUUGCUUGGUGCUGUCUCGGGCUGCUGUCUUGAAUUGAUUGAUAUGAGACCCCAGCGACCUUGGGUUGUUGAGCUAUACCAAAACUACCUCGCAGUCAACUGAUUGGCCCCCGCAUACAGUCAGCAUCGCCAGGGACAAGCUCAAACAGCUAUUACUGAUUGAAUGCCCUUAUCUCUGGCCCUGCACGGCAAUCCUCGUGGCGCCGGUAGUCGCUCUGCAGCCCAGACUUUGGGUGGUGCGGCCAGAGUGGGUUUGGACGGCCUGGCUCCCGAGCCCACCUCGGAAUUCACGGCCUACCAAGGAGACAGCUCGCGAAGGGCCGGGUUGCUUUCUCGAUACCGGUCGCUUGCAGUGCGCCACCGACCCUGCAUGCACCCACAGAACGUUCGGCAGACCCCCCACAGCUCGCGAAUUGAUACCCUUGGCACCCACCUCCCAGAGCUUCGUUCUUGCUUGUGCCCGGCAAGGCCCAUCUUUCCCAAGCAUCUGUUCCAAAGACCCUGCCAGUGCUGAUAGCAGAAUGUGAAGCUGUGAUUCGACGUCUGUCUGCGAAGCCGGCCGGGAGCCGUGUCCCCGGCAUCGCACCGCAGCCAUCUCCAGACUCUAUAUCUAUGCCGUGUCCCCGACGCCUCAUGUCGACUUGCUUCUUCUCCCUCCAGGAUCACUAUCACACCUAACCCACCUCUCUGUCUGUAGCUUCCCGCCAGCUCUCAGACAAGAUGGAUCACGCUCCCGCCGAUCAAGAGCACAUCGCCAAUGCCACGCUCGGCCAGGGCGCCGGCUAUGGUGUCGUGCUGGGCCUGGGAGGUGCCUUUGCCAUUGGCAUGAUCGCCACAACCUUCAUCCUGAAGAGGUACAACAGGGAACUUCAGACAUCUGAAAUGUUCAACACAGCUGGCCGUACUGUCAAGUCCGGUCUCGUCGCCGCUGCCGUCGUCUCUUCGUGGACUUGGGCCGCUACCCUCCUUCAGUCCACCGGUGUUUGUUAUCGCUAUGGUGUCUCGGGUCCCUUUUGGUAUGCCUCGGGCGCUACUGUCCAGAUCAUUCUCUUCGCUACUCUCGCCAUCGAACUCAAACGCCGCGCCCCCAACGCACACACCUAUCUCGAGGUCAUCAAGGCCCGAUACGGAACUGUGGCACACUUGGUAUUCAUGGUCUUUGGCGUGAUAACCAACAUUUUGGUCUCGCUCAUGCUGAUUGUCGGUGGCUCAGCCACCCUCAACGCCUUGACCGGGAUGCACACCAUUGCUGCCAUUUACCUCCUGCCACUCGGUGUCAUUGCCUACACCAUGGUUGGUGGGUUGAAGGCUACCAUCUUGACUGAUUGGGCACACACCUUCAUCUUGCUGCUCAUCAUCAUCAUCUUUGCCCUGACAGCCUAUGCCUCUCACGACUUGCUGGGCUCUCCCAGCGCUGUCUACGACCUGCUUGUCGAGGCUGCCACCCGUCACCCGGUUGACGGCAACAAGGAGGGCAGCUACUUGACCAUGCAGUCCAGGGAGGGCGCCAUCUUCUUCGUCAUCAACAUUGUUGGCAACUUCGGCACCGUCUUCCUUGACAACGGCUACUAUAACAAGGCUAUUGCUGCCUCGCCCGUGCACGCACUUCCCGGCUACAUCAUUGGCGGUAUCUGCUGGUUCGCUAUUCCCUGGCUCACUGCCACCACCAUGGGUCUCGCCGGUCUUGCCCUCGAGAACAACCCUCGCUUCCCCACCUAUCCUGACCGCAUGCUCGACUCCGAUGUGAGCGCUGGCCUAGUCCUCCCCUACGCCGCGGUUGCCCUUCUCGGCAAGGGCGGUGCCAUGGCUACUCUGCUCAUCGUCUUCAUGGCUGUCACCAGCGCCUUUUCCAGUCAGCUGAUUGCCGUGAGCACCAUCUGCACCUACGAUCUGUACCGCGCCUACUUCAAGCCCGAGGCCAGCGGCAAGAGACUGAUCUACAUGAGCCAUUGCGUCGUCGUUGGCUAUGGUUUGUUCAUCUCCACUUUUUCGGUUGGUUUGUGGUAUGCCGGCAUCUCCAUGGGUUAUCUCUAUGUCAUGAUGGGAGUCAUCAUCUCGUCGGCCGUCCUGCCCGCAACACUGGCCCUGCUCUGGUCUGGCCAGAACAAGUGGGCUGCCGCCGGCGCUCCCGUUCUCGGCCUUGCCACCUCGCUCACUGCCUGGCUCGUCACCUCCAAGAAGCAGUGCGGCGAGCUGACAGUCCAGUGCACUGGCUCCAACAUCCCCAUGUUGGCUGGCAAUGUCGCCGCUCUGCUUUCCCCCGUCGUCUUCAUCGCCAUUCUCACCGCCAUCUUUGGCGUUGACAAGUACGACUGGAAGUCCAUGUUGGAGAUCCGCAGGGGUGAUGAUCACGAUCUCGCCCAAGAGGCUGGUGUCGACCUUGAGGAUGUUAACGGCGGCCACGAGGAGACCCAGGCCGAGUUUGAGGCUGAGCAGUCCAAACUUCUCAAGGCUGGCAAGAUCAGUAGAUGGACCACCGUCAUUUUGGCCCUUGCCUUCUUGGUUCUCUGGCCCAUGCCCAUGUACGGUAGCGGGUACAUUUUCAGCAAGCCCUUCUUCACCGGUUGGGUCACGAUUGGCAUCAUCUGGAUUUUCGGCUCCUUCAUUGGUGUCGGCUUGUUCCCUGUCUGGGAAAGCCGGGCCACCCUCACCAGGACAUGCAAGUACAUCUGGAAGGAUUUGACCGGAAAGAGCCACAUCAAGACCAUUCACGCCCAGGAGGCUGCUGUUGUUGGGACCCCUGGUGAUCAGACACCACCGGAAAAGGCCGGGCUCAAGGAGGAGGUCAGAUCCUCAUAAUUUGAAACUCAAUGGAUUGGGAGGAAAGGCUGGGUUGGAGGAGUAAUUUUUCAAUGAUACCCAUUUUGUUAGGAGGGGCGGGUAUUGCUUCCAGGGGUUUGGCUACUCGUCUGCACGCACUACUACACAUGCUAGCAAGCCAUUUAUUUAUAUGAAUUAGUGUCUUG